GCCUGCGACGGAUUCGCGACGGGACGAGGGAGGGAGGGAGGGAGGGAUGAGGGACGCGGAGGAGCAGAUCGACGUGGACGACGACGUCGAGGAGGUUGCACGGGUGGGGUCGUCAGGGAGGGAGCGAGGGAAGGGCAUUGUCAGCGAGCCGGGGGGGAAGCAAGGCCAGUACUUUGCGUCGGCGCACGUGUCGGUUCGUACACGGGCAGGUGCGAAUACGGCUAAGGCGGGUUCGUCUGCGGGGAAGAGGAAGGAGAGAGAGGAGGGGGCCAGACCGACGGCAGCACAGAAGAGGAUGAGACAGAACACGAUCACGGAGUCAUUCACUUCAAAGUGGCAGAUGGAGUUCAAGAAGAGGUGGCUGCGGUUUGUGUACAGUCAGCGCCUGGCGUUCAACGUCUUCCGGAGCGAGCCGUGGUUGGACGUCGUCCGACACUUCAGGGAUUUGUCGGGGCCAGUGAAGGUCUUGUGGCCUUCAGAGAAUGAGAUCGCGGAUAUAGAGACCAUUGUCCACACGGCGGACGAUGUGGGAGCUGAUCUCGCGGAGGUCAGGGCUCCUUUCUAUGUCGCGGGGGCCACCAUUAUGUCAGACGGAAGGAAGUCACGCGACGCUAGACCCAUCGUUAACUUCCUUGCCGGCGGGUCGAGUGGGGUGAUGCUCGUCCGGACGAUGAACAGGGAGGUGCAUGUCUGCAACCAGAUGUUGUCAGACAUUGGCUGUUCGGGCCCGUGGUCCAAGGACAUCAUCGUGAGGUGGAGAGCGGUGGUGCGCUUCAUUAAGGAGCACGACACCGCUCUCCAUAUCUUCUGGGGGGAGAGCAGUCAGAUGGGCUUCAUAUAUCCUUGCGAGACACGUUUCGCAUCCGUGUUCGCGAUGGUGGAGCGUUUGCUGGCAGUGAGGUCAGCUUUGGAGAGGACGGUGGAUAGCGAUACUUGGGGUAUUGUCCCUUGGGACCAUUCCGUUCGUCAUACGUGGGUCAGGUGGCAGGUGCGACAUGGCAGUUGGUGGGAUUCCAUGGGCACCUUGUUCCGUAUCAUGGAGUCUGUGUACGACCUGCUGCGCAGGUUGGACCGCGGAGGGCUGCACAUGUCACGGGUGGUUGAGUGGACACAGGAUCUGGCCCGCCAGGUAGCAGAGGAGGUUUGUGCACUUCCGGCAGAUCUUGCAGACUACAUUGUGCAGAGUGUGCAGGCUCGAUGCGCUCACAUGCUGGAGCCGACGCACGCCGCUGCUCACCUUCUCUGUCCCAGCCGGCGGGACUUGCGGUACUUCGAGGGCGUGGUCAGCGACUAUGACGCAAGCUUGGUGAGGGAGGCGGAGACUUACAUCUUGUCGCAAACAGGUUUUAGUGUGGCGAGCAGCGACUACGAGACCGCAUGUGCGCAGUUGCGCGACUUCCACACACGGAGGGGGACGAUUGCUUGGGGGGGAAGAGACGGAGAUGGAGACAGAGAUGCACAGAGGUGCACGGGCGAUGCGGAGACGUACGAGUCCGGGUGUUGGUGGUCGAGGUACGGGCAGUGCGCCCCGCAGUUGCAGGUUAUCGCUCUUCGUGUGAYGUACAUGUGGACGUGKUCCUCUCCUGYGGAGAGGAAUUGGGCCGUCCACGAGGGUGUACAGACGAAGAAGCGUAACCGGCUUGAGUUCGAGAAGGUCACGAAGUUGGUUGAGAUCUCAGCCAACGUCCGCCUUCUCUCUCAUCAGCGGGCAGGCCGCGGGUUUGCGCUGCCGUGGACUCUAGAUGAGUCGUUGUUGGACGUGGAGGGAGCCGCCACAUUGCACCCGUACCCUCGAGACGACAGUGAUUCCGAGGGUUACGAGGACGAGGACGAGCCGGCAGGCCCCGCUACCGCCACUCCUGCGGCAGAUGAGCGUGAUGAGUGGAGCGACCCAGAGGACGUCCGUAGAUGGAGUGGCGGAGAUGACCUCUUCGUUCGAGUUGAUUUGGAGGAGUCUGGGGGUCGUCAUGAGAGCCCUCUAGCGCGUCCGAGGCCUACGUCCAUUGGCCCGCUUUCCGCUGAGCGGGAGAGAGAUCCUGGGUCUGCACCUUCGAGGGGGGCAGAGUCGGGGAUUGGCCAUCGUCCUGCUCGUGUUUGUACUAGCACGUCAUCAUCCACCGCUCUUCCCACUUCGACGGAGCAGCUUCAUCGACAACCAGCCGGUACAGAUCGAUUGCAGAGAUUGGUGAGGGGCCCGAGACAGCGAUUGGAGGACAGAUUAGAGGGCGGUCCUUCACCGGUGCAGGGGGACGACGAAGAUAGACAGGGGUUGGUUGGUGGAGAUGGUGGUGCGUUGGCCGGAGGUGGAGGCAGAGCUGAGGUUGCUGCGGCGGUUGAGGGGACACCGAUGGGUAGUGGAGGCGGUUUCAGUGAGUUUGGUGACAUGGGUAUGCCCCCGGGAGAGAGCGUGGGUCUGGCCCGAGGAGAGAGCGAGUACCAUGGGGACAUCCUUGUGGGUAUGCAGGACUUACUGGGACAGAUCAGCUUCGCGGACCCGAGUAGUUUCUCCCCUGCCAUGCGCACAGAGGUGAUGUUGGGGGCAGAGGGGGAUGAGGACCGGACACCCCCUGGAGAGACAUCUGCAGAGAGACUGGAAAGGCUUCAUAGUCGUCGAGCUGGCCUUAUGGCACAGAGGGACCCCAGGACGCAGGAGCUCGCCCGUCUUGCGGCCGAGGAGCGACGGAGGCAGCUGGGGACAUUUACGCCGGCGUCCGUUGACGUGGGGCCAGCUGCCCACACGGAUCCUCCGGCAGAGGUUCACGACACGACGCAGCGGGAGGCGGCUUCAGCAGAGGUUUUGAGUACGGGAGUAGAUGUUCAGCAGGGGACGCACGAGAGCGGGUUGGCACCGACAGAGGAGCCACGUUCGGAGCCGGUGCAGCCUCCUGCCGUCCAGCUGAGGCCCGAGGAGACAUUGCAGGAGGUCGCUGGCGUGCCUCUGCCCGCGGGUUCAGUUGAGGGUGCCAUGCAGAUGUCCCCGGGUCUGGAAGACAUACAGACGGGGCAGUCAGUGGGCAUUGAUGAUAUUCGCCCAUUGGCACAGGCGGAGGGGAUAGCGCCGACCACCGGGGGGGACGGGGCUGUAGUGGGGGCCGUUGGUGUUGGCGGGUCGGGGGUGCCGUCCGCGGCCGAUCCGAUGUCCACGUUCGGAGGGGGAGACCCCGCACAGGCGGACAGGCGUGACGCGGACGGACAGGAGAUGCCACAGACUUUGGUGGUUCGCACUGCUGUGGGGCCAGUGAAGCCACAUCAGGCACCGUUUUUGGAGGGUUAUAGGCGUCGUGCACAUGACGGUGGCCCGGUCGAGGAGCGACAUGUAGGCAGGGGCGCGUGCAUACCCCCAGGCCCUACUCUUGCGCCGUCAUGGACGAGGCCGAAGAUUAGGCAUGUGGCUACGCCUCGGGGCAGCCUCCCUUUCGGUCUUAUGACCGCUGACGAGUUGGAGGAGCACGGCAGGAGGGAUUUGACGAAGAUCGACCAGCGCGUUUUGAGGUCAGUCCCAGAGGAGGGGAAGCUGCCUCACGUGCAGGACUUAUCUUGGGGGCCAGCCAACCCCAGCUUACCUUCAGGGUGUUCCAUCUCAGCGCCAUCUGGCGGGGCUGCAGGGGGCUUACCUUCUGGAGGUUCCGUCGCAGCGGCAUCUGGCGGGGCCGCAGGGGACUUACCUUCUGGAGGUUCGGUCGCAGCGCCAUCUGGAGGCGCCACAGGCCCUUCGUCACCCUUGACCGCAGCUCCGAGGGAGGGCGGCAGUCUCACCCAAAGGUCGGUUGCCUGUAGACGGAGAGACACUACCCAGCGUGCGCGGGAGUUGCUGGACACCAUGUUGUUCGGUCGCAUUGAUCGACCAUGGAGCGAGACGAGACGGGUGACGACGGUGAGUGUCGGUCGUCAGCCAGGUUUGAGAGGGGCUUCCACGGGCGUGAGACGUCGAGAUGUUGUAGCUUCAGGGUUUGGUGGUAGAGGCGAUGGCGGCGGUGGCAGCAGUGGCCAGGGCGACGGCAUACGUGAGGGUGCAGGCGGUGCUGCAGCGAGCGCAGUGGAUCCGCCCUUGACGUACGAUUUGAGAGAGGCGUCGAUUAUUUUGCAGGAGCCUGACGUUGUUACACGACCGAGGCAGGAGAGACACGUGUCCUUAGAUCGACGUCAGGAGGGGGAGACUUCACGGACAGACGGUCUACCUAUGGCACGCGAGUCACGCCGACGUGAUGACCUAGCAGCCGCAGGUGUAGGCAGGACGGUGAGAGGCAGGAGACUCAUUAUGGACGACGACCCCGACGAGCGUCCCGUCGCUCCCGAGCCUUCCGCUGGCAGACGCGGCGGCCAGCGUCAGAGAGAUCGAGGACGUGGCAGUGGUCAGUCCCACGGACGAGGUUCUCAUCGGUCCGAGCGAGAUCCGCGUGCGCACGACGAGUGAUGACGGAUUACGGACUUGCGUUUUCGUGACUUUCUCAGUGUACUUUAGUUUUUUGUUAUCCAUGA